UGUCUGUUAGCAUGACGAUCUCCAUGCCUCGAUGUCGUCUGCAUAGAGUGAUGUAGUCUGUCGUUGGAGCUGAAAACGCGCCAACUUAGCAUUGAGAAUCAGCUAACUGUUGCGCGCAGCCCGAUCCCGUAGAGGGGAACAAACCCCGAUGUUCUUUAAUCGCUUUUGGUGAAUUCGUGGAAUCAUCUGUGCCCGUUUUAGAACAACAAAGCUGGAUUUAGAAACAUUUCAGAUUUUCGAGGGAGAAUCCUUUUCCUGGGUUAGCGUCCCAACAUUUCCAUCUGACUUGAGUCGAGUUCACGCCGACUGACCCUCGUCACUUUACUGGUCACCACCGGUCAGCCGACACGGCGGCGUCAGCCAAAGGUCACGUGAUCUCUCAUUAACCCCUUCCUCCUGAAAUAAAGGCGCGUGAACCGAGGAGUAAUUGGUACCACGUGCGCUGGAAAGGUCACCGGCAAACUAAUCGACCCUUGGUGUUGAACAGACCACGGUGUAAGCCGGGUAUCAUCUGUACUUUGAUGAAUGGCCAAUUAGGACAUGGUUCUUGACUUCUGUUUUGCUAAGGUGUCUUCCCAAUGAUGUCCGAUUGAUGAACCUAGUGCCUGUCCUGUGAUAUUAAACACACAUAAACAGAAAACUAGAUCAUCAGAGGGGCGACGCAGCUAACCUUUCUGAGCGAGGGUUAUCAUAACAAACUUCCAACAACCAAAACAGUCACUUGGUUCUUGAGAGCAUAAGUCCGCGAUUUCGACGUUGAACCAUGGAAAACGAACCCAACACGUUCACUGUUCGCCUUUUCAAAAGACCGCCACACGGACUGGGGUUUUUAGUGCGCAAGCGCAAAACCAACCCGCCAGUCAUAAUCUCCGACCUGAUACCCGAGGGCGUAGCCGACCAAUCGGGGUUGAUCCAGGUCGGGGAUAUUCUGCUGGGGGUCAAUGGUGUUCAGCUCACCGAUGUACCCUAUUCGACGGCCUUGGAGGUUCUUAGGAGCGUACCUAUGGACUCUCCUACGGUUCUCGUUAUGAGAGGCCCGGAUGGCUAUAGAACACGCCUGGAGAGUAUUCUAACCCCUGACGGCGCCGUGAAAGUCGUACGCGUUACCGAGGAGAUCAAUACCGAUUCCUUGUCACGGGACAGAGGGACCGGGGGUAAGAAGAAUAAGAGCCAGAGAGAUGCAGGGAAUAGUCCCCCACCCGUGGGGAAUCCUGUACCGUGUUGGCAGCAGCGUAACCCACCGACUUAUGACGUAGUUGGUGGGACAGUCUACGGGCCAGGGUCUACCUAUCCCGCUACCCGAGGCAGAGCAGCCGAGGGAAGUUCCUAUCGCUACGCCAGCCCUAUACGCAGCACCAGCAGGACCAGACGUGAAUCCAGCCGUUCCCCUGCCCGCAACAGCUUGCCCGGUAGCCCUGUACGCAGCUACAAUUACCGAGACCCGUCUGCAUGCUGCUGUACGUCUACCAGACACCAGCAUGCCGGCACUGGGCCCGAUUUCCAGAACGUCCUGGCCUGGAAUGGAACAUUCCCCCGAGACGUAUACCAGUUCCGCUUAGGUAUUGAGGAUUUGUAUAACUUCGACAGCCCUCGACCCUCAGUCGACUACGAAUACGAGGCGGAUCGAUUACCGACGAAGAAUUGUGCCGUUCACGCUGACAGCUCCCCGGAAAGACCCUUUGAAUCAGUCGGCACACAAUGGCCCGAGCGCGUCAUUGUUGUGCAAGGCACUUCGAGUUCGUCACAGAAGACAGCACCGAACGCAGUGAAUGGAGUUGACCUCGACGUCAAAGUUACUGAGAAUGAGUCCCGGCCACAUAUAGGGAGACAGGAUUCGGCCACACAGAUCACAUCAGAAGAAGAUACCUACGAAGACACAACCAUGUCGACUACUAGCAUCUUACGGGCUGCCUCUACCAAAAACAGCCCAGCCAGGAUGCCCCAGAAGGACACCCUACCAUCCACCGUCAACUACAAAUCAGAUGUCAUCUCCACAGAAGUCAACAACAAUUCUAUGAAGCCAAUCAAGGUCUCCACAGCGGAGAUAGAGAUACAGACCGAUCUGAUAGGUUCACAACUCAACGACAAUCUGUCGUCGGGUACCAAACCAAGCAACGGAGGGUCUAAACCCAAAUUUGUGCGUCUGAAGAACCUCCUGGAUGGAAAACAGACGACGGAUACGCUGCAUCAGAAGUCUUUGGUCCCUUUACAAUGUAGCGAGAGUCGUUGCAUGGGAUCCAUCAUGUUCCCGCCUCGAAAGCCUGGAAGUCGUAGCAAGGAAACCAUAAAGGAACACGCGACAGACUUCAUCAACCAAUAUUAUACGCACAUCAAAAGAUUCGACACCCCCGCUCACAAGAAGCGUCUUCAAGCAGUUCUUGAGUCCAUCGAUAAGAGAGGAACUUACGACCUGACUGAGACUGAACUCAUCUUAGGAGCCAAGACGGCCUGGCGUAACGCCCCUCGCUGCAUCGGUAGAAUACAGUGGACAAAACUGCAGGUUUUCGAUGCUCGCAAUACGAGCAGCACUCAUCAGAUGUUUGAUGCUAUCUGCAAUCACAUGAGCUACGCUACAAACAAAGGCAAUCUCAGAUCCGCCAUCACCAUAUUCCCACAUCGCUCCGAUGGCCAACAUGACUUCCGAGUCUGGAACCCACAGCUGGUAUCGUACGGUGGCUACAAACAGCCAGACGGCUCUAUUAUUGGUGACCCGGCUAACGUCGAAUUCACUGAGGUGGUCAUGGAGAAGUUAGGCUGGCGUCCAGAGAAGCAGGGCCGUUUUGAUGUCCUUCCUCUGGUGCUCCAAGCGAAUGGUGAAGAACCUGAACUCUUCAACAUCCCUCCGGGCCUGGUGCUGGAAGUCCAACUCCAACACCCUAAAUAUGAUUGGUUUGCUGAGCUGGGUCUCAAGUGGUAUGCUCUGCCUGCUGUGUCGUCAUUGAUGCUGGAUCUAGGCGGCCUGGAAUUCACAGCUUGUCCUUUCAAUGGAUGGUACAUGGUGACCGAGAUCGGUGCUCGAGACAUCUGUGAUUCCAACCGACUGAAUCUUUUGGAGACGAUCGGUAAAAAGAUGGGACUGGAUACCAAUAGCAACGCCUCGCUUUGGAAAGAUCAGGCAUUAGUGGAAGCCAACGUUGCUGUGAUCUUCAGCUACCAGAAAAAUAAUGUGACAAUCACCGACCACCAUUCGGCCGCCGAAUCCUUUGUGAAACACAUGGAGAACGAACAGCGCCUGCGCGGGGGCUGCCCCGCUGACUGGGUCUGGGUCGUCCCGCCUAUUUCUGGGAGUAUCACCCCCGUGUUUCAUCAAGAGAUGUUGAACUACCAACUGAAGCCAUCCUACGAGUACCAGGAUGCUGCAUGGACCAACUAUGUCUGGAAAGUAAAAGAUGUAUCAGCUGAUGCGCAGAAGACUCGAAGACGGAGACGAACCUUCAAGGAGGUGGCCAAGGCUGUAAAGUUCUCGGCCAAGUUGAUGGGUAAAGCGCUGGCCAAACGCUUCAAAGCGACUAUCCUGUACGCUACAGAGACAGGACGAUCGGAGAAAUACGCCAAGUCACUGUGUGAGAUCUUCAAACACGCAUUCGAUGCUAAGGUGAUGUGUAUGGAGGAAUAUGACGUAGUCCAUCUUGAGCACGAGACACUGCUGCUGCUUGUCACCAGUACGUUCGGUAACGGAGACGCUCCUGAAAAUGGAGAGGAAUUUGGUCGCUAUCUGAUGGAUCUUGCUCGUGAUUCCAGCGGUGACCAAUCAGAAAGUCGCGCACUCCGUUUCGAUAAAUACUUUGCAGCGCCCUCAACGCCAAGUCAGCGAGUCGCUGGACAAUCCAACCUGAGCGAGAGUUCGGGUGUUCUUGCCAAUGUCAGGUUUGCCGUCUUUGGGCUAGGCUCCACGGCUUAUCCCAAUUUCUGCGCCUACGCCCGUGCUGCCGAUACCUUACUGGGCAAUCUGGGCGGGGAGAGGAUCAUGGAUAUGGGGGAGGGAGACGAGCUGAGCGGACAGGAGGAGUCUUAUCGUAAAUGGGCUCAAGAAGUCUUCAAGCAAGCGUGUGAUACAUUCUGUGUCGGUGAGGGCAUCAACAUGACCGAAGCCAACGCCUCUCUGAUGGAGAACGACCAAUCAUGGACAGCUGAUAAGUUCCGUGUCAGUCUUGAAGACGCUCAUCCGGCGGUGGAGAGAUGCGAAGGUCUGUCCAAGCUGCAUGGAAAGAAGGUCCUUCCUUGCAUCCUCCUGGCUAGGAAGAACCUGCAAGCACCGGAAUCCACUCGUUCCACUAUUCUCACUCACAUGGAUACCCAAGGAGCGUCUGAGUUGCUCUAUGACCCCGGAGAUCACGUGGCCAUUUGCCCUGGCAACGAGACAAACCUGGUGGACCGGAUUAUCAAACGAGUCGACAUUGGCGAGAAGUCACCCGAUGACGUCAUCAAAGUGGAGUUUAUGCACGUCAAACAAACGCCCCUUGGUGUAAUGAAAGCCUGGAUUCCCACUGAUCGGAUCCCACUCUGCUCGCUGCGAGUCGCUCUGGAGCAAUACCUGGAUGUAACUAUGCCGCCAUCACCCAACUUCUUACGUCAGCUGGCUGCCAUGGCAACCAACGAGAAAGAGAAGAAAACUCUGGAAGUGCUCAGCAAAGACACGCGCAGCUACGAGGAAUGGAAGUUUGAUCUGAGCCCUAACUUGGCCGAGGUUCUUGAGGAGUUCCCGUCCGCCAGACCCCCCGCAGCGUUCCUCCUGACGGAGCUGCCAGUGCUCAAGGCGCGCUUCUAUUCCAUCAGCUCAAGUACCCGGAUGUAUCCUGGUGAAAUCCACGCCACGGUGGCUGUGGUCAAUUACCGAACGCGGGGUGGUGAAGGACCGUUGCAUCAUGGUGUCUGCUCGUCCUGGCUCAAUACAAUCAAGAUUGGAGCAGAGAUUCCAGCCUUCAUCAGGACGGCGCCAAACUUCCACCUGCCCGAAGAACGCUCCGAUCCGCUGAUCAUGGUUGGCCCCGGAACAGGCAUAGCUCCGUUCCGCAGCUUCUGGCAGCAACGACAAAUAGACAUGCGCAUGGCGAAGGAUGUCGGGAGAAACUCCUUCGGUGACAUGACGUUGGUGUUCGGCUGCAGGCAGUCCAACCUGGACGAUCUGUAUAAGUCUGAGACGUCUGAGGGUGUCAAGGAGGGUGCCCUCAAGGAAGUCCUGACCGCGCUGUCAAGAGAAAAAGGAAAACCUAAGACAUAUGUUCAGCACAUCCUGAAGAAUCGGGGCAAGGAGGUAUUCAAAUCGAUCCAAGAGAAGAAUGGCCAUUUCUAUGUCUGUGGGGACGUUUCCAUGGCAGCCGAUGUUUGUAAUACAUUGGAGUCGAUUGCAUCGGAACACGGCAAAAUGAGCAUCGAGGAAGCCAAGAAUUACGUCAUCGCUAUGAGGGAUCAGAAUCGUUACCACGAGGACAUCUUUGGCGUCACCCUCCGCACAGAAGAAGUCCAGAACAAAGUUCGAUCAGCCAUGAGACGUGCCCAGGUCUUCAUCACGGGAGCCGACAGCAAACUGACCCCGGCUAUCAAGAUGAACGAUAACGGAGUGGUGGGAACCAAGAACGCUGUGCAUACCAAAUCCAUGGAAGACGUCAGGAACAAGACGGAUUUGGAUCUGAUUAUUCGACGGCCAUUCUCAAAGUUGAUUCGGCUGAAACAUCCACGAUGGGAUAUCGACCUGCACCGUCCACCAUCUCCCACCUCGGAGUUGAUGCAGUUGAAGCAGCCUCGGAUGGGUCGUCGUUCCAUCACAGCGACAGUCCUCAUGAGCGACGAGGAACUCAAGGAAUUGAACAAGAAUUUUGACGCCGAGCAAGACACUCGCUCUAAUGCUAUCAACGGUCACCACGAAGGAAAGAAGUGAACUCAGGAAUCAUCUUAGGAAAGUUGUUUUUUUCUUCAUCACGUGACUUUUAUCUAUUAUUGGUCCAAAUCUCGUCGAUGCAGCACUUGAACCCGAGUUGAGCGGGCCAGGGUUCGAACUCCGGCCGUAUCUGCUCCCGAUAGGUAUUUUGCAGUCAUAGAGAUAGGAUUUUUUUGUAAUAUUAGUCAAUCAUCAAUUUAUUUCAAGCAUGAUAACAUGUAAUAAAUAUAUGUGGACGGGGAUAGUGGUAUAAAACACCAAUUCUAGACAAGUCAAUCAAUUUAAUAAAUAAUCCUGAAUGAUUGUUGUUUCAUUGUUUUUUAUGGUCAAUUAUAUCAAGUCGCUAUCCAACGUUUUGCUUAUUAAAAAUUCAUGAUUUUCAGUGUCCAUUUUAUUGCUGUAUUCAAAUGAUAUUUAAAUCAAGUUCUAAACUUAUAGUGUGUAGUGGCUGUCUUUAAAGGUGUCUCGGUGUCAUUUUUAUAACAGAUUUGUAAAAAACAAAGAUCAAAACAUGUAAUUGUUUAAAACUUUUUCCAUCUUUUAACAUUCCUUGUGGUAAGUGUAUACAAAUUAAUGAUAAAUUUGGUAUAAUUGCACUCUCGAAAAAUGUUUCAUGCGAAGUGAAAGGCCUGUUUGUAGCGUAGAAAACUAUUGUAGAUUGAUGGAAAAAUGAAAAACAAAUGAUUUUUUUAAAAUGAAAAACAAAUGAUUUUUCUUUAAGCCCUGCUGUACAGCUAAAGCAUUAUGUAUCAAUGUAGCGAUAUAUGAUUAUUUAAGCUGCCGGCAGCUUGUCUUAUAUGACGUCAUGAUGACGUCCCGAAUGAGUGUUAGGGAAUCAACCAACCAAUUCAAGGCCAGGUUUUGAGAUGGAAUAUACUUGUGAGCGUGCGUUUGUUCAUUCGGUCUCAUUUUUUAGAGACAAUGUUAUCUUUAUGAGAGGUUUUACUUGCAUGAAGGUGUGAGGUUGUAAUUGCGUGACAUCUGCGAGAAAGUGGAAAAGAAUUUUGAAGAAGACUAGUCUUCUUGCCUGUUUUUGUAAACAAAAAAAUGGUGAAGAAGCUCGUGCUCUGCGUUGUAUCAUCACAGUUUGACCUGAUCACUGAUGAUUGAUCCCUUACUUGAUAAGCUAGCUGGCCUCAUGUAUAUAGGUUUAGUAGGCUAAACUUAUUAAGAAUUAAAAAAAGUAAUUCCAAAAUUACCAUCACCCCCUUGCGGUCAAUUUAAAACUUCUCUGUGCUAUUCCUUAAUUUGUAUUAUGUGUAUUUUUAUUUCUUACAAGGCCCCCUGUAUUUUGACAACGGAAAACUUUUGGUUAUUUUCGAUUACGUUGUUUUGGCUCAUGGAGUGGCCAUAUAGGUCUUUUCCCUUCCCCACCCCUUCCCCCACCCCAUCC